GUCGAGUGUCUGCACAUUAUCACUAUCUCCGAUGCCCGCUGAACUCUGAAUGUCGCAAUUCAGUAGUCGAGAGCUCUAUUCAUUGAAUUACGGAGCCCAAUCCUCUCUCCCCAGUUGUAUAAAUCAUUACAAAAUCAAGUCUCAGUCAUGACACACGGGAAGAAAUGUGAUAAUAUUAAGACGUAAAGAGAUUUAUUGACACAAAUAAUAAUCGAAUCAGACAACAGCUUCAAUGAGGUUUUUUCGUACGUGUUCUACUGAUUAAUUUCUACUGAUAGCCAGAGUGUGUGAAAUGUGAUAAAUUUGUUGAUGGCCCAAGGCGGUUGCAUCCUGUCAUUCAGUGUAUUAAAAAAUGAGACAAGACAUUAUCACUCUCCGCCACUGGUACGCACGGCAGAUAAUAGCGUGAGUGUUACUCACGCUCCAAGUACCAGACAGGCGAGAUUUUCUAUCCUAGUGUGAUUUAUGCAAUUAUUUAAUCUCCAAGCAUUAUUAACAGGAAAAUGAUUUUGGAAGCGAAAGAGAGGGAGGAGGAAAAGAAACUGACGUAUCCAAAGGCAAUUUUCAUCAUUAUCAGUACCGAGUUCUGUGAAAGAUUCUCAUUCUUUGGAAUGCGAACUAUUUUAGCAUUGUAUAUAAAAAACAAAUUGGACUUCAACGAUGACGCCUCAACUAUCAUCUUCCACACGUUCGCGAUGCUGGUGUUUACCUUUCCGUUGUUCGGUGCAAUACUGGCCGAUUCAAUGCUUGGAAAAUUCAGGACUAUCUUUUACUUCAGUAUUAUUUAUUCUCUGGGUCAGCUACUACUUUCCGCGAGCGCUGUACCAACGUUGGGAUUACCCAUGAGGGAAUUCUCCAUGAUUGGAUUGCUGUUGAUUGCAAUAGGCACGGCUGGAAUAAAACCGUGUGCGGCGGCUUUCGGUGGAGAGCAAUUUCUUCUUCCUGAACAGCAGAAAUAUAUUACAACAUUUUUCUCACUGUUCUGUCUCGCGAUAAGCGCUGGAUCAACCAUUUCUGCAUUCCUCACUCCACAGCUUCGCACCGGCAUCAAAUGUUUCGGAGAACAAGACUGCUACUCCGCUGCAUUUUUUAUUCCUACAGCUCUCAUGGUUGUAGCAAUAGUGAUAUUUGUUGUUGGCAAACCCUUGUACAGGAUGGAGAAACCGAAGGGAAAUGUUGCCCUGAAUGUCAUUAGAUGUAUCUCGCACGCAGUUUAUAAUAAAUUGAAAUCGAACGGAAUUGUGAACCGUGAACACUGGCUCGAUCACGCAGACGAUAAGUACGAUUCGAAAUUAAUUUUCGAUGUAAAAGAAGUUCUGUAUGUUCUGAAAAUCUUCAUUCCUGUGCCAUUAUUCUUUGCGCUUGUCGAUCAACAAGGAUCGCGGUGGACAUUUCAAGCCACAAGGAUGGAUGGGGAGAUUGGAAACUACCUCGUGAAGGCUGAUCAAAUGCAAGUUAUUCCAGCGCUUUUAGUCAUCAUUCUUAUUCCACUAGUUGACAGGUGCGUUUACCCCCUAUUUGCGAAGAUUGGGUGUCUCAAUACACAAUUGAAAAAAAUUACAACCGGCGGAGUCUUAGCUUCUGUGGCAUUUGUGAUUUCUGCUCUUGUAGAAUUGAAACUGGAGGCGACUUAUCCAAUUCAUCCAACAAAUGGCCUGGCGCAAGUGCGAAUUUUCAACCCGAGAGAUUGCCAUUUGCCUAUUGUGAUAAACAAUAAAUUUCUAGUGAUGGAGCCUUUCGGCAUCUGGGAAGACAGUUCUAUCACUGCAAAAGGUAAUCAAUCAAUACCUUAUAUGGCUGAUUUUUCACAAUGUGGUGGCGAAAAGAAAUCAGAAGGAUUGAUCACGGCUGUGGAGGGACAGGCAACCUCAUACGUACUGGAGCCAUCAAAUCCUUACUCCUACAAGGACUACGUCAACAAGACCAGUAGUGGAAACCCCGCGGUUCGAGUACUAAUCUACAAUCUCCUCAACUCCAAUGCCACCACAAAGGUUGAAUUAUCAGGAGUAAAUUACGCUUUCAAAAUAAAUGGAACGACAUCGGAUAUACCGCAAGUAACACCAGUGGCCGAAUUCAACCCCGGGACAUAUCGAGUCAAAGUUGAUGGGAAAUUUGUGGAUUCAAUAGUUCUCAAACUCGGUGGAGUUUACACUCUGCAAACGCAUGUGACUACUAAUGGUACGAGAUUGGGUCUCACAACAGUUACUCCACCGAAUUCUGUUCACAUUUUGUGGCUUCUUCCCCAGUAUAUCGUUAUUACGAUUGGUGAAGUUCUUUUUGGUGUCACGGGGCUUGAAUUUGCGUUCACCCAAGCGCCAGUUUCGAUGAAAUCGAUUGUCCAAGCUGCCUGGUUGCUCACGGUCGCCUUUGGCAAUCUCAUUGUUGUCAUCAUCGCUAAAGCGAAGAUAUUUGACCGACAGGCGUCGGAGUUCUUGUUCUUCGCUGGGUUGAUGGCGGUGGACAUGAUGAUAUUAGCAAUAAUGGCGAAGUUCUAUAGGUACAGAAAUCUCGAUAACACUCAAGCCAUUGGACGUGAGGAUUCGGACACAGCACUCGAAGAGACUGAUGACCGUGGCAAGAGAACUCCGAUUGAUGCUGGAGAGAACAUCCGGCUAUGGAGCUUCAAUCGCGAAACGAAUCAUUAGUUGAAUUGAGUCUUAUAUUCUCACUCUCUGACUACUGUGCCAAUUCAUCUGUGAUAAUUCACACAUUCACAUUUACCUUCCACAUUGUUUGUAUAAGAAUGUUCCAAUGAGAUGUAAAGGCUAGAAACUCCUCAAUGUGACAGUAAAAUAAAUCGUGAAAAACUAUGAAAAUUA